AUGUUGUCGUUAAGAAAUUCGAUGAGAGCUCCAUUGAGAAGUCCAUUUAGAAAUUUACCCAAAAUUCCGUCUAGAUUUAUCUCUUCUUCCAGCAUUACUGCGAAGUCUACCUACAGAACUCCAGAUUUCGGUGAGUGCAUUCAAGAGGACCGCAAUCCAGAUAAGAGUCGUACGUUCGCCUAUUUCAUGGUGGGCUCACUAGGGUUAUUGUCAUCUGCCGGUGCGAAGUCCACUGUGGAAACUUUUGUAUCCUCUAUGUCUGCGUCUGCGGAUAUCUUGGCUAUGGCUAAGGUUGAGGUUAGCUUAGCUGCCAUUCCAGAGGGUAAAAACGUUGUUGUUAAAUGGCAAGGUAAACCAGUAUUCAUUAGACACAGAACAGACAGCGAAAUUCAAGAGGCAAACUCAGUAGACAUGUCUGCUUUGAAAGAUCCUCAACAGGACUCAGAUAGAGUUAAGGAUCCAAAAUGGUUGGUUAUGUUGGGUAUCUGUACCCAUUUAGGAUGUGUCCCAAUCGGUGAAGCUGGUGAUUUUGGUGGUUGGUUCUGCCCUUGUCACGGUUCUCACUAUGAUAUCUCUGGUAGAAUCAGAAAGGGUCCAGCUCCUUUGAAUUUGGAAAUUCCAGCUUAUGAAUUUGAAGAUGAUGAGUCUAAAUUAAUCGUUGGUUGA